AUGAGGUCCUUUCCAUCACCGCUGGGCGUAGCCGCUUUCAUUUCACUGUGUUGGGGCUCACAUGGAGUUUCCAUCGGUGGCGGCCCCAGCUGCGGAGUUGCAAAUCAAUCUAGUAGUUUUUUCUCUGUCGUAGGGGUACAGGGAACUGGGGUGCAUCCACGGCUAGAGUUGCGCGAACUUGAAAAGGACCCGGAAACAUGGAAUCUCUUCAUUCAGGCAAUGUCGAGAUUCCAGAACAUGGACCAGAAGGACAAGUUAUCAUACUUUCAGCUGGCUGGUAUGAGUAUCCACGGCGCUCCUUUUGUUGAAUGGGAUGGCGCAAAAGGUAACGGAUCUUACGGAUAUUGCCCUCACUCGAGCAACCUGUUUGGAACAUGGCACCGACCGUAUCUUGCUGCGUACGAACAGAUUCUUCACGAACGAGCCGUAGAGAUCGCGAAUGAGUUUCCCAGGGGUGAGAGGGAAAAGUACCAGCAAUCAGCUGCCAAGCUUCGUUUGCCUUACUGGGACUGGGCGAUCACUCCUGAUUCGGAUGGCUGCAUGCCUACUAGUCUUCGGCAUUCAACGGCCAAUGUGACCUUUCCUAAUGGUACUACAGGCGAGAUCCCUAAUCCCCUUUAUGAAUAUAUCUUUCACCCUCUCAGCCCAGGCGACUUCCCUCUUGAUGGAUUAGAGUUCAAUGUCUGGAAGACUACGAUUAGAUACCCGGCAGAUGGAUAUGCCGCAAAUGCAACUAGUCGAAACGAUGAUGCAAACACUCGUAUCGAGGCCCAGCAACCAAGUAACCGCGAUAUGCUUUAUAAAUUACUCACCAUAUACCAGCCAUUCAAUGAGUGGAGCAACAAGGGCAAUGGCGGUAAAAUUGGUAACCUUGAAACCUUGCAUGAUGGCAUCCAUAACUCAUUCGGCCUUGGACACAUGGGCAUUGUUGAGGUUUCAGCGUUUGAUCCAAUUUUCUGGUUUCAUCAUUGCAAUGUGGAUCGCAUCAUGGCAAUUUACCAGUACCGCUACCCAGACACCUACGUCGAACCCAGCUAUCAGAGCAAAGCCACCUUCGCAAUAGCCAAGAAUAGCUCACAGGACACUGCGUCACCUCUGGCACCUUUCCAUAUGAAUGCAAAGGGCGAUAUGUGGACUUCAAGUACCGUAAUCAGCACCGAUUCCUUUGGAUACACUUACCCGGAACUCGUCGGUAAUCCGUCCAAUAGCUCGCUAACGGCGACAAUCAAUCGCCUCUACAAGCCGCAGACUCAAGGGCUGAACAAUAACAACACGCUCACUACUCUCCGAAAGCGGAACGACACCGCCGACGCUAUCGACUGGAUGGCUGAGAUUAACAUGCCGUCUGAUAUAAAAGCGACAUACUCAGUCCGCGCGUUCCUGGGGGACUUCGACACUGAAAAUGCAAAGAAUUGGCCAACCGACCCGAAUUACGUUGGCCAGGUUGCAUCCUUAGCAAGUCCGAGGAUGGAGUCUGAUGUCAUUGUGACUGCAAACAUCGUCCUCACGGAUAAGCUAGCCGCAAAAUAUAAGGAUGGGGAGUUGAAGAGCUUGGAGAAGGAGCAUGUGAUGGAGUAUUUGAACGAGCAUUUCCAUUGGAGGAUUCAGAAAGCGGAUCUGUGCGAGAUUCAUAAAAACAACACCCCGGCUGGCCUCAAUGUCACGGUUUUGUCGGUACCCGUGCAUCUUCCUCACUCGGAAUUUGAGGUCCCGACUUGGAUUGGCGAUUUUGAGUACCACCCUGAUAUUAUGGGC